UACAGGCUCAGGAAGGCCAUUUUCUUUGGUGGGAUUGAUUUUUCCAUCCGUGGGGAGGUGUGGCCCUUCCUGCUGCACUACUACAGCUACGAGUCCACCUCUGAGGAGAGAGAGGCACUGAGGCUGCAGAAGAGGAAAGAAUACUUUGAGAUCCAGGAGAAAAGGCUGUCCAUGAGUCCAGAUGAGCAGAAGGAUUUCUGGCGCCAGGUGCAGUUCACGGUGGACAAGGACGUCGUGAGGACCGACCGCAGCAACCAGUUCUUCCGAGGGGAGGGCAACCCGAACGUGGAGACCAUGAGGAGGAUCUUGCUGAACUAUGCAGUGUUUAACCCAGCCAUUGGCUACUCCCAGGGCAUGUCUGACCUGGUUGCCCCACUCCUGGCAGAGGUCCUGGAUGAGUCCGAUACCUUCUGGUGCUUUGUUGGGUUGAUGCAGAACACGAUCUUCAUCAGCUCCCCCCGGGACGAGGACAUGGAGAAGCAGCUGCUGUACCUGCGGGAGCUGCUGCGGCUGAUGCACCCGCGCUUCCACCAGCACCUGUGUGCCCUGGGGGAGGACGGGCUGCAGAUGCUCUUCUGCCACCGCUGGAUCCUGCUCUGCUUCAAGAGGGAGUUCCCCGAGGCCGAGGCGCUGCGCAUGUGGGAGGCCUGCUGGGCUCACUACCAGACAGACUAUUUCCACCUCUUCAUCUGCGUGGCCAUCGUGGUGAUUUACGGGGACGAUGUCAUCGAGCAGCAGCUGCCCACUGACCAGAUGCUGCUGCAUUUCAGCAACCUGGCCAUGCACAUGAACGGGGAGCUCGUACUCAGGAAGGCCAGGAGUCUGCUGUACCAGUUCCACCUGCUGCCGCGCAUCCCCUGCAGCCUGCACGACCUCUGCAAGCUGUGUGGGACAGGCAUGUGGGACAGCGGCUUCAUCCCCGCCGUGGAGUGCUCUGGGCACCACCCAGAGUCCGAGAGCUGCCCCUACGGGGGGCUGGUGGAAGAGUCUUCUCCUGCAGCAGGAAGUGAAGGCAAGAAGGGCCUGAGGACACGGGAUGUCUUUGCCUUCCGAAAAUAGCGGAGAGGAACAGGGUGCGACGGAAGGGCAGGGAAGGGCAGGAAGGAUGUGCACAGGGAAAAUGUCAAAGAAAGAAAUGGAGGAAUGGCUUGUCAAGGCUCCUGAGAAGAUUGGAAGGUGUGCAAUGGAGGAGGAGUUCAGUUGCUCAGUAGGGAAAGUUCCGUUGCACGGGUGAUGGAACCUGAGAGAAAGGCAUCGACCCAGGAACUGUGUUUGGAUUUGAUUUUGUUAGAAACAAGCUUUUCUAGGUUUUAACAAGGAGUUUUUAUUCUGCCUCUGGGACUGGACUGGUUAGCAACCAGAACUUUCUCACCUGCUGGUGAGAAAUGAGAGCACUCCAGGGAUCCAAGGCCACCCAGAAGUGUUGGUGGGCAGGUGGCAGGAGCAGGGCCAAGGCCACUGUCCCCUCACCCAGAGCACUCCUCUCUGCUUCAACCAAACACGCAGCUUCGUGGCUUCUUUUUAAAGCCAUAAAAGCCAUUUUAAUUAUUAUCUGCCAAAAAUAAAACUGCAGAGCGUUGGGAUUGCAGGGCAGGUGUCUGCUUUGUCAGCAAGGAAGGACCGGUCACCUCAAAGUCUUGUCUCUGGUUUUAUAGGAUACACUGGCUGGCAUGAUUUUAUUCCAGUUUUAU